UUGCAGAACAGUUACAAAUUCAGCUACCCGUUAUUGUAAUGGCAUCCACAUGACAAAGGAUGAUUGGGCAGCUGGGAGAACUACUUCAUCUCAGGUGAACAUGUCUAUGUUCCAACUUUGUGUUUGGGGUAAGUUUAUCAAAUUUUCCAGAGGGACAUGAUUUUCUCUGCUUGAUACUUGCUUCAUGCUGGUUUCAGUACAAGGAUCUUGAAAUCCAGCCUGCCAUUCAUAGAACUUAGAAAGAAAGGUAAGUUCUUCUGUUGCCUAAUUUCAGUACUUGAUAAUUCAGAAUCUUUAUGGUGGGCACAAAAUAUCUUCUAUGGGUGCUAAUUCUGAAAUGUUUUCCUUUCCCUUCUAAACCAUCAGAUGUUUUUUAUCUUAAAUGUUUUUCAGUAAAUAAUGAAUGUCAGCUAACUUUAUUCAAUCACUAAUCUCUCAAUAUGACAUGUGGUUGUAAAAUUCAAGUAUACAGAGACUGUAGGAAUGUUUUUCUGAUUAAAAUUAUGAAGCUUCAAUACAGACUUUAUGAUAUAUAUAUAUAUAUAUAUAUAUAUCUAUAUACGUAUAUAACCUGGUUUUUGGAGGCAAUCACUGAGAGAUAAGUUGCAUGCGUCAAUGGAAUUGUUGAUACCUCUUUUUAUCAUGAGUUACAAUUGAAAUGUUAUCUCUAAUCGGUGUUUUGUCAGUAUAGUGACAGAUAAUUGACUAUCAUGAAUUAACUAUUGUCAUAUGUAAGUGCAACACAGACUUAAAUAUUCUUUUUCAAAAGCAUAAAUAACAUAAAAUAUUGCUGUCACAGUGAGCUGACUUAGUCUGCUGUGUGUUGUACAGAUUAAAGGCUUCUUUCACACUGACAAUGAGCGCGAUAGUUAAAUUUCUUCGGAAAAUGAAUAAGAAGAAAGUGUUCCAGGAAUCAGCAUUGGGUGAGACAAAGCUGGCACGGAAGCUGAAUGCACUUGAUCUUACUGCAUUGGGUGUGGGAAGCACAUUGGGCGUUGGGCUGUAUGUGCUGGCUGGUGAAGUAUCAAAAACUGUUGCAGGCCCUGCUGUGGUAUUGUCAUUUCUCUUGGCUGCUGUUGCUUCUGUUUUUGCAGGUUUAUGUUAUGCAGAAUUUGGUGCACGUGUUCCCAGGGCAGGUUCAGCAUAUAUUUAUAGUUAUGUCUGUGUUGGCGAGCUUGUAGCAUUUAUUAUUGGCUGGAAUCUCAUUCUUGAGUACUCAAUUGGAGCAGCAAGUGUGGCUCGUGGUCUGAGUUCAUACAUUGACAGUCUGACUGAUGGAGCAAUGAAAAGGGCAUUUAGUGAAUCUAUGCCAAUGGAUGUUGAAGUUCUUUCAAUGAAACUUGCAGAAUAUCCAGACUUCUUUGCUUGUGGCAUGACAUUGCUCUUUGUUUGUGCAUUGGCAUUUGGUGCAAAGGAAUCAUCAACAGUGAAUAACUUGUUCACGUUCUUAAAUAUAGGUGUGGUACUGUAUGUCAUUAUCACAGGAGCAUUCAAAUCAAAUGGAGAAAACUGGACUCUCUCUAAAGAAGAUCUGCCCUCUGGCAAUUGGGGUGAAGGUGGGUUCUUUCCAUACGGGGUCACUGGAAUGAUAAGUGGUGCAGCCACCUGCUUUUAUGGAUUUGUGGGUUUUGACUGUGUAGCAACGACAGGUGAAGAAGCAAAGAAUCCCCAAAAGGCAAUUCCUAUAGCAAUUGUGGCCUCACUGACCAUAAUAUUCCUUGCCUACUUUGGAGUCUCAGCUGUACUCACUCUGAUGGUCCCAUAUUACCUUCAGGAUGAAGAUGGCCCAAUACCUAAAGCAUUUGAGUAUGUUGGCUGGCCAGCUGCUAAAUGGAUUGUUAGUAUUGGAGCCAUCUUUGGCCUCCUUACCAGCCUGUUUGGUGCAUUGUUCCCGCUUCCACGCAUCAUUUAUGCCAUGUCAUCAGAUGGUGUUAUAUUUCGUUUCUUGGGGAAAGUUAAUCCUCGUUUCCAGACUCCAGUUGUUGGGACACUGAUAGCUGGAAUACUUACAGCUUUCAUGACUCUUAUAUUUGACCUCAAGGAACUGGUUGACAUGAUGUCUAUUGGAACAUUAAUGGCAUACAGCAUAGUGGCAGCUUGUGUUCUGCUUCUAAGGUAUCAGAGAUCUGAUGUAGAUGAAGAUCUUGACCACAGUACUCAAGACAGUUUAUGGAAAAAUAUCAAGGAAAUUUUAAUACAGAUAUUUAACUUCAGGAGGCUGAAGUCUCCUACCACCCUCUCUGGUGGAAUUGUUGCUUGGGAGGUGCUGAUAUUCUUUUUGGGGUCCUUGGCCCUCACUGCCUGCAUCGUGCAUGCUGAAGAGCCCUUGAGCAAUUCUGAACCAUUGGCAAUUUUUGGGGUUGUCUUCUUCUCAGUGUGCCUCCUGUUGAUCAUGGUUUCCAUUGGACUUCAGUCUCCAUCCAAGAAAGAGCUCUCCUUCAAGGUUCCACUUGUCCCUGUGCUUCCAGGCCUCAGUGUUGUGGUUAAUGUUUACCUAAUGAUGAUGCUAAGUGUUGAAACCUGGAUAAGAUUUGGUGUAUGGAUGGCUAUUGGUUUUAUAAUAUAUUUUGGUUAUGGAAUUUGGCAAGAAUGGC